ACUUCGGUGAAUGAAAAGACUGCUGGGUUCGAGGGCCUUCUCUUCACAGAGCCACAAUGCAAGCGAAUAUCUCAAAUGGCAGCAGUUCAUUGAAGAUCCGUCCAAAUGGUGGGACAACAGAACAUCCAAGAAAGACGCUGCCUCUCCAGACUUUGUUCAUGUGUUUACGGGACAGAAGCUGUGGAUUGACUCUCCAUGCUGUCCCGAAUGGAUGCGUGACAAGCUCAAGGCUUUGGGAGAAGCAAACAAGGUCCAUAAAGUCAGGAACAGUACAGAGAACAGUAGAACCGAAAGGUACCACCGCUCGAGAAAGGCUUCAGGAGUUUCAGAAGUUUUGUUCGCGUUGAGAGCUUGCAGCAGCUCAACAGACUUACGUACAGGUGCCAGAAUUCACAGGGACCUGUCUAGAAGCGGCGGCUAUGAGGAUGCUGUGGCAGAUGCGCUCGUCGACAUGUAUGCCAAGUGUGGUAGCUUGGUGGAUGCGCACAGAGUUUUCGACAAGAUGGCUCGUCGCAGUGUGGCUUCAUGGACUAGUAUAAUCACGGGCUAUGCGCAGGCAGGACAAGGGUCUGUAGCGCUCGACUUGUUUGAACGGAUGGUGGCCGAAGGUUUCGCUCCAGAUGCUCAGCUUUACGUUUCAGUGUUGAAGGCUUCCGCUGGGCUGGCAUCCAAAGACGAAGGGAAGAAAUCUCUUUGCAAAGAGAAAGGAAGGAUGAUUCACGCUCAGCUGCGAGAGGCUGGAUUCGAGACGAACAGAUUUGUGGCCAACACGCUGGUGGAUUUAUAUGCCAAGUGUGGAAGCUUGUGCGAGGCUCGAAGGGUCUUUGACGGGAUGCUGGAACGGGAUGUAGUGAGCUGGAACUCUAUCAUUAUGGGAUAUGCACAAGCUGGAGAAGGCGAGAAAGCUCUGGAGCUGUUUGCCGGAAUGGAAGAGAAUGGUGUCGAGCCGGACGGGCAGAUCUUCGUUGCUGUGUUAAAGGCUUGCAGCAGCUUAGCAGUCCGAGAGGAGGGCAGGAAAGUCGAUGGAAGGAUGGUUAAGGUGGCAUGCUUGGAGAAAGGAAAGGCUAUUCACUCCCGGCUUGCAAAGAGUGGGUUUGAGUCCAACAUGUUCGUGUCAAGCUCGCUGGUCGAUCUCUACGCGAAGUGUGGCAGCAUGGCAGAUUCUCGAAAAGUUUUUGACAGAAUGAUCCGCCACGACGUUAUCUCCUGGAAUUGUUUGCUUGGCGGGUAUGCACAGAGCCGGGAAGUUGAGCUUGCCAUGGAGUGUUUCGAGAAAAUGCCGCAGCGGAAUACGGUCUCGUGGAAUUCACUUAUAGCAGGAUUCGUCCAAGGUGGAAAGAUCGAAGCAGCUUUAGACACUUAUCAACGUAUGCUGGACGAAGGCUUUGUCCCAGACUCUCGGACUUACGUCUCGGUUCUCAAGGCUUUGGUGGCGAGCAAGCCAGACACCGAGAAAUCGAUAAGGGACAGCUCCUUCCUGGACAAGGCUAGAGAAUUCCAUUCCCAGCUGAAGCAGAGAGGCUUCCAUCUCGACAUUUGCGUGGCCAGCACACUGGUCGAUGUUUACGCCAAGUGUGGAAGCAUAGCCGAAGCACGAGACGUGUUCGACGGACUGCGCACCCGUGACGUCGUGUCGUGGAAUGCCAUGGUUUGUGGCUACGUGGAGAAUGAGAUGAGCGAGGAGGCUUUGCAGCUGUUCCAGCAAAUGCAGGACCAAGGAUUCGUCCCAGAUGCUCGAACUUAUGCCGCUGCAUUGAACGCCUGCAGCAGUCUCGAGGCAGGAGGGAAGUUCUGCAGGGAGUUUUGUUUGGAGAAAGGCCGGGCUAUUCACUCUCAGCUGAAAAGAACUCCGCACAAGCUCGACGUCUUCGCAGCAAAUGCUUUGCUCGACAUGUACGCAAAGUGUGGCAGCAUGGAAGACGCACGGCUGGUGUUCGACAGUAUGCAAAGCCACGACGUGGUUUCGUGGAACUCGAUGAUCCUGGGAUACGUCCAGAACGAGGAGCCGGAGAAAGCUCUUCGGGUUUACGAGCUCAUGCAAGCGAGGGGCUUCGAGCCGGAUGCCGGGACAGUUGCUGCUGCUCUCAAGGCUUGCGGAAACUCGGUAGCUCUGGAUGCCGGCAGGGCGAUCCACGCCAGAGUUUUGGAGUCGGAGGCUCUCAGCUCUGAGACGUUAGUGGUGAAUUCGCUGGUGAGCUUCUACGGCAAGUGUGGGAGCAUGGUCGAGGCUCAGGAGGUGUUUGAUUGUCAGAGCUCGGCGAGCAAGGACGUGGUGACUUGGAGCUCACUCAUAGCAGGAUACAGCCUCCAGGGAGACAGUGGCAGAGUUUUGGAGCUCUUCGAGAGGAUGGUGGAGCGAGAGAAGCUGGAGCCCAACGGGAUCACGUAUCUCUCGGUCCUCUCGGCUUGUGGUCACGCUGGGCUGGUUGCAAAGGGGAAGGAGAUCUUCCAGGCGAUGGAGAGCAAGGCGGGGUUUAGUCGGCCUGGAGUGGAGCACUACUCGUGCAUGGUGGACAUGCUGGGACGAGCCAAUCACUUGGAGGAGGCGGUAGAGAUGGCCAGGUCCAAGCCAAGCGUGACGGCGUGGAUGGCUGUGCUGGGAGCAGCUCGCAAGUGGGGGAACGUAGCCAUCGCCAGGGAUGCGUUUGAGGAGGUGGUGAAAGUGGGAGGAGGGGACGAGGACUCGGCUCCAUACAUUCUCAUGGCCAACACGUACGCCAGCGUUGGAAUCAAGGAGGAGAGCCGCGGGUCGGGCAUGGGAUAAGCGAAAAAAAACUCCUGCAUUACAUUCUUGAGACCUUGUUUCUAUGCUGACACAUUGUUUAAACUUUUUUAAAAAUUAUAAUAAUA